GGCUGCCAGCGCUUGUUCAAACUCCGCCUCUGUUUCCUCGUCGUCACCGCCAGCAGCGUCGAGCAUCCGCUCUCUGUCUCCGCAAUGGCUGCUAUCCAGCUCGCCAAAAAGGCUGUAAACCUGCCCCCCACUUGUCGCACCCUUGCGUCUGGCGUGCCGGCCGCGUCCUACAUCAACCUCAACGUCCGCGAACCCGCUGGUCACGGACAUGCGCACGGGCACGGUGCUGCUGGCCCCCGCUCGGAUGCGCCUGCUAAGUGGGCGGGUGGUGUGUCCACUAGCUCAUCUGCAGGGCUUGUCUCGAAGAGCUUCGCGAAUGUCCCCUCUACAGGUGCUUUCCAGAAGCGCCUGAUCCAUUCGACUGUGCCCGCCAAGAUCGAGCCGCAGGUGCCCGACUUCUCGCACUACGAGGCGAAGUCGGACUCGACGAACCGCGGUGUCGCGUACAUGAUGAUCGGCGGCAUGGGCCUGCUCUCCGCGUCCGUCGCGAAGUCGACCGUGACGGAGUUCCUCGCGACGAUGGCCGCGUCCGCGGACGUCCUGGCCAUGGCGAAGGUCGAGCUCGACCUGGCGACUAUCCCUGAGGGCAAGAACGUCGUUAUCAAGUGGCGUGGCAAGCCGGUGUUCAUCCGUCACCGCACGCAGGACGAGGUCCAGGAGGCGCGCUCCUUCAACUGGAAGUCACUGCGGGACCCCCAGAGCGAUGAGGACCGGACGAAGAAGCCGGAGUGGUUGGUCAUGGUGGGUGUCUGCACUCACUUGGGUUGUGUGCCCAUUGGCGAGGCUGGUGACUACGGUGGAUGGUUCUGCCCGUGCCAUGGUUCGCAUUACGACAUCUCUGGUCGUGUACGCAAGGGCCCUGCUCCGACCAACCUCGAGGUGCCCGUUCACGACUUCGACGAUGCGAACAAUUUGCUUGUCAUUGGUUGAUAGAUGUUGCGUCCGUAGAAUGCAGCCUACAGCGUAUAAUGGAAUGUCUUACAAUUGUGACGACGGAGACGGUAUACGAGUGUCGUGCAAAGCUGAGCCGCAUCUCCAUAUGCAAACAGCGCUCGGAGUCGUAGUUGACAUCAUAAAAACGUGCGUUCUUGCUUCUCCGCUUCGCCUCGCCGGACUUCCUCUAUACAGUGUCAGAGUCCGGGCCUGACGCCGAGGUGGGUCUAGUAUACCCGGUUCGACGUCAUGCAGAGCACACGAC